GCAGUUAGCUACGGAAGACAGCAGCGUUCUGAAGGGAAGCCUUUCUGUUAUUCGACACCAGCGCCCCAUGCGGCCGGUCCGUGGGAGGCAAUGGGUGAUAGCCAAGGUUCGGCAGUCUACACUACCACCGACAGCAUUCCCAUGAAGCCGGUGUUUUUACCCGCUGGACUUCGGUUCGGCGAAGUGAACAGCUUGGGAGCGGUGGCUGGACACUCAUCUCCCACGAUCAUGUCCCCAAAUCUUCCUGGCAUGAUCAAGAUAGAGCCUCACUCAUGUAGUCCUAUGGAGACGGGGGAAUCAACUUUAGCUCCGGCCUCAACACGAUUUUGUCCAGAAGAAGGAGUGUGGUUAUAUUCCCCUUCUCAGAUGUCGAUGGGGUCACUCUCUCCGAACUGUAUUAUGAAUGACCAGAAGGCGAUGGUCAAUAGUGGACUCUCACCAGUUUCGGGUAGUAGCUAUGAUCCUUACAGCCCAGGAAAAGAAGAGCGCAGUCCGAGCAGUGUUAUGAACGGCUGUUCUAUAGACACUACGAAGAAGAACAAGAGCCCAGCGUCACGGCAACUUGAAGAACUGUGUUUAGUUUGUGGAGAUAGAGCAUCGGGAUAUCACUAUAACGCUCUCACUUGUGAAGGAUGUAAAGGGUUCUUCAGAAGAAGUAUCAACAAAAAUGCUGUUUACCAGUGUAAGUAUGGUAACCACUGUGAAAUUGACAUGUACAUGAGGAGAAAAUGUCAGGAAUGUCGACUGAAGAAAUGCCUUACUGUGGGAAUGAGGCCAGAAUGUGUGGUUCCAGAAUACCAAUGCGCCAUCAAGAGGGAAUCCAAGAAAGGUCAGCGAGAGAAGGACAAGCCAAAUAGUACUACAAAGGAGGGAAGUUGCUUUGAUAAAGAGGAAAAACCUCAAAUUCCAGGGGUGAAGCCCCUUGACCCUUCUCAAGAAGAGGUUAUCAACAAAUUAGUCUUAUUUCAAGAAGAGUUUGAAUCCCCAUCUGACGAAGAUCUGAAGAAGAUAUCUACGUUCCCAACUGGUGAAAGUGAAGAAGAUAGUUUACGGAGAUUUCAACAUAUUACAGAAAUCACUAUUCUUACUGUCCAGUUGAUUGUGGAAUUCUCUAAACGUGUUCCUGGGUUUGAUACCAUGCUGCGAGAAGACCAAAUCACUCUCUUAAAGGCCUGCUCUAGUGAGGUUAUGAUGCUAAGAACAGCUAGAAAAUAUGACAGUCAAACAGAUUCCAUUGUCUUUGCAAACAACCAGCCUUACACCAGAGAAAACUACCGCAGCGCUAGUGUUGGAGACUCUGCUGAUGCUCUAUUUAAUUUCUGUCGUCACAUGUGCAUGAUGAAAGUGGACAAUGCAGAGUAUGCCUUGCUCACUGCUAUUGUUAUCUUUUCAGAAAGACCAAGCCUUUUUGAGCCCAAAAAAGUGGAAAAGAUUCAAGAGUUUUAUUUGGACACACUGCGGGCAUAUAUUGAAAACCAUCGACCACCAGGAAAGAGUUACUUUGCCAAAUUACUGGCUGUUUUGACAGAACUCAGAACUCUGGGUAACAUGAACUCUGAAAUGUGUUUUUCACUCAAGGUCCAGAACAAGAAAUUACCACCUUUCUUGGCUGAAAUCUGGGAUGUUCUGGAGUGAAUAGGUUUAUUUGUUUUUAAUAAAGUAUAAUUGGUUUUAUUUGUUAUGGAGACAAAGAAGUAUCCAGUAAGUGACAAAUGGUGAAACAGAAGUAUAAAUGACAUGACUAAUGGGUUUUAUGAUAUGAAAUUAUGGAUGUAUCCAACUAGUACACUUUAUGUGGAUAGUUUUCAGGAUUUUGAUUGAUGUAGAGGUCAGUAAAAAACCCAAAAGAGCUUUGACCAUUAUGAGAGCU